AUGUCUCUGCCUCUGCAGGAGAGACUGGACAAGAUCCGCUCGUCGCCCAAGCUGCAGAACCAGCAGCAGACCUCCGUCGUCCUCAACGCCAUCGAAGACACCCUGCGAUCCCAAAAGAGCGAUCCCACGCCCACCGCAUACUUCGCCGCCCUGCUCUCGCUGCUCGCCCAGUACAUCUCGGCGGAGAGGGGCCUGGUCAACAAGGACGUCGCCCACUCGGUCGUCUACCUCCUCGAUCUCGUGACGCCUCACGUGCCCGCGCCGCUGCUGCGCUCCAAAUUCCCACAGAUCCUCAGCGGUCUCGCCCCGGGCUUGACAAAUCGCGAUGCCGAAGCUCCAUUACUGCGCGCGAGUAUCGGCUGCUUGGAAUCGCUUCUGAUUGCUCAAGACUCGCAAGCAUGGUCCUUGCCGCAAUCGCAGACGAGCCCUCGCGGCGCGGUGGGUGGGUUGCUUGCUCUGGCUAUGGACCACAGACCGAAGGUCAGGAAGCGAGCCCAGGAUGCGCUUAGCAACGUGCUCAAACACCCACCUCCCUCGCCUUCUCUCGACCAUCCCGCAUCCGACAUGGCGGCCGAGACAGCGCUGCGGCACCUGCAAUCCGCCGCAGAUGAGGUUGGCGGCAAGAAGAAGAAACACAAGCACAAAGAUGAGGCGGCCCAUGAUCCCAACAUGAUGCAUGCCCUACAACUUGUCAACACGGUUGCUUCUGCGCAGAAUGGCUGGCCGAGCAAGAAGAUCGAUGCUCUCUGCGAGCGUCUACUCAACAUCUCCCGCGGCAGCAACGAGUUCUUGACAAUGGCUGCUUUUGAGAUCUUUGAGAUCAUAUUUGCCGGACUAGCAGACGAGGUGUCGUCAUCCAAGCUUCCAAGGCUUCUCGAAAUCAUCACCGAACUGCAGCCGUCGCACAAUGAUUCUCGGCUACUUCCACCUUGGAUUGCUGUUCUCAGCAGAGGCUACGAAGUGUCAGCCCAGAUUGAGCCACAGGAGACCUUUGAAAAAGUCCCAGGUCUCUUUGGCAAGAUUUCGUCGUUCCUAUCAUCAUCUUCGCAGAAUAUUCGCGUCUCUGCCUCCGAGUGUUUGGUAUCACUGCUACACACCUGCGUCCCCGACUCUGUUCUGCUUGAGCCAACCGUCAUGGACGAUAAAAUGCUGGAGAAAGUCAGUAAGACCCUUCAAGAUCUGCUCAGCGUGAAGUAUCAGAAUGCUUGGAUGGAAGUUUUCAACGUCCUUUCCGCUGCCUUUGAGGUCUUGAGAUGGCGAUCCAGCCCUCUUCUCAACAGCAUCAUCAAGACGGUGGGAGACUUGCGCAGUGAUGAUUCCUUUAAUGGCAAGAAAGAAGCAGAUGUUGUCCUAGCCGCUGCCAUCAAGAGUGCAGGGCCGAACAACGUUCUCGCAGUACUUCCGCUGAACUUGGGCAGGAAUGCUUCGGGACCUGGCCGCGCCUGGCUACUGCCUGUGAUGCGGGAUUCUGUCAGCAACACGAGCCUCGCGCACUUCCGCACAGAGUUGGUGCCUCUCAGUGAGUUGAUGUUCCAGCGGGUACUGCACCACGGUACCAAGGAGAAGACAAUGGAGAUCAAGAUCUUUGAGACGAUCGUCGGCCAGAUCUGGUCUUGUCUACCAGGAUACUGCGAGCUACCCGUCGACUUGAAGGAGGCCUUUGAUCAAACGUUUGCGGAGAUGUUGAGCAAUCUACUUUAUCAGCAACCGCAAAUGCGAAGUGACAUAUGUAAAGCCCUGCAGAACCUCGUGGACACGAACAAGAGCAUCGCUGAGCUCGAGGGCGAUGAGGAACUCAUUAAACAAGGCCGUGUCUCGAAGGACGAUGCGCAGAAGAAUCUUCAGCAUCUCGCUGGGUUUGCAGGCAAUCUGCUGGCCGUGCUCUUUAAUGUGUACAGUCAGACAUUGCCGCACAACCGAGGGAAUUUGUUACAAUGUAUCAAUGCAUACCUGAGCAUCACUCCUGAAGGAGAGCUGCUUGAGACCUUCCAGCGAGUGGCGACCAUGUUGGAGGGCUCUCUUGCAGAAGGAGGCCCUCAGACCCAAGCCGACAAGCAGAAAGACCAGACUACAAAUAAGGACUCGAGAGAUAAGAUGCCUCCCACGUCGCAUACCCUGAUGGACUUGGUCAUCACGAUUUCGACAUAUCUCCCCAGAGAGAGCUUUGCAGGCUUAUUUCACAUGGCGGCAAAUAUUGUGAACAAGCAAGACGAUCCUCAGCUGCAGAAGAAGGCUUACAAGCUUAUUCCACGACUAUCGGAAUCCGAAGUUGGUCGCCAGGCUCUUGCUGAGAGGACUGUCGACUUGCAGCAGCUUAUCCUGGAAGCGGCAGAAAAAGCAUCUGCGCCGGCUCGCCGAGACCGUCUAGCCUCGAUCGCAGAGAUUAUACCUGGUCUUCCGACUUCUGACCUGCACUUCAUUCCAUCUAUCAUUCCGGAAGUUGUGAUCGGAGUCAAAGAAGUCAACGAGAAGGCUAGAACCGCUGCAUUUGAUCUGCUUGUGUUGAUGGGCGAGAAGAUGGCGGAGGGUGGUACCGUGGUCCAGGCGAAAAUUCUCCACAUGCCGUCUGAUGCUCCUUCUGUGCCUGCAACCUUGGAAGAGUAUUUUACGAUGGUGUCUGCUGGUCUUGCUGGGUCUACUCCGCACAUGAUCUCGGCCUCGAUCACCGCUCUGACUAGACUGCUUUACGAAUUCCACGGCCGCCUGCAGGAGUCCACCGUCACUGACCUCGUACAGACCAUGGACCUUUUCUUGACAUCUAACAACCGUGAGAUCGUACGAUCCGUCCUCGGCUUUGUCAAAGUCUGCAUCAUCUCAUUGCCCGGCAAAAUUGUGAUGCCAAGGCUCCCAACGCUCAUUCCUAACCUGAUUGUUUGGAGUCACGAGCACAAGCAGCAUUUCAAGGCGAAAGUCAAACACAUCUUCGAGCGGAUGAUACGACGAUUCGGAGUAGCAGUCGUAGAGAGACACACGCCGGAAUCUGACCGAAAGCUGAUCUCUAAUAUUCGCAAGACUCGUGAAAGAAGGAAGAAGAAGCGGGACGUCGACGGCGAAGAAGGAGGCGGAGUUUCGCAAGAGCAGCGGCGGGGCAAGUUCGAGAGCGAGUACGAUGAGGCCGUGUAUGGCUCUGGUUCGGAGUCGGAAUCCGAUAUUUCCGAUGACGAAGUGCUCGGUCGGGCUGCAUCGAAGGGUCAGAAAGCAAAGAAGGGCGGCAAUCAAUACAUUGUCGAAGACGAAGACGAGCCGCUGGAUCUGCUGGACCGCAAAGCUCUGGCACACGUGUCUUCUACAAAGCCACAAAGGAAACGCGGCGCUUCUGAGGAUAAGAGGAACAAGGCCAAGACUGAUGUCGAUGGUAAACUUGUCUUCAAUGAAGACUCGGACGUGGAAGUGAUGGAGUUUGACGAUCAGGGCAUGGUGGGCGGUGCAGAGCCGGGCGACGGUACAUUGGAAGGUGGCAUCGAUGCCUACGUCAGCGCGAUCAAGAGCAAGAAUGCACCUGAACGUGGGCAGCGCGGUAAGCUGAAGUUCAAGAAUGUUCGGGGCAACGAUGACGACGAAAUGGACAUCGACGAGGACGACAUUGUGGCGGUCAAGAAGAAGCUCGAUGCGAGCAAAAGCCCUCGCGGCGGAGGUAAGCAGAAGCCACAGAGACGAAGUCUUGGCGGAGAGAAAUCCAAGAACGGACUCCCUUCGGGCGGUGCCCGUGGUGUCCACAAGGGGCGAGGAGGAGCAUUUAAGCAUGGGCUGCAGUCUCGGCGUGGUAGGGGCAGAAGGUAA